AUGACCACAGACCCCCCCUCCUGGACCUCCCCCUCCGCUCGCCUCACUCUGCCCCAGCUCCCCUCAUCCAUCACGGCCUUUAUUGAAGUAUCGCUGGCCCCGGUCUCGCACGGCGAUCGACCGGGCGGACAAAGCCGUGUUGACUGCGCUCGGCCGUCGAACUAUCCGCCCAUUGAUAAAGCAUUAGAUUCAAGUCAUGUCCCAUUGUGCCGUUCAUACUGUGUGUCCCCCGGGGGCCUCGACGACGCCCUGACGCUGGUCCGAGCGAAUCCAGGUUUUUGUGUGUUCUGCCUCGUGCUGUGGACGAGAGGCUUAGAGGAGGACGAGGAGCUGCAGAGCUGGAGCUGCUCGGACAGGACUGGGAGCCGCGUGGAUCACGUCCAGAUUAAACAAAACAUGUCCUGGACCCGGUUCAAAGACUCCACAGAGGACACACACAAACCAGUUGCUGAUGAGGUUUUCUAUCCUCUUUGA